AUGGAAUCAUUUCUCGUGGGUCUCAUGAUGCUAUCAGUAGUCAUUUCGGCAAAAGCGGAAGAAAUUUGCGAGUAUAACGGAAACCAAUACAAUGCCGGCGACAGCUUCAUGAAUGCCGACGGCUGUAACACAUGCGUGUGUGGGAAAAACGGGAUUGCGGCGUGCACAAUGAAGUUAUGGUCUUGUAAUGGCCGUCUGAAGAAAUACCCUAACGGCUCAGUAUUCCUGGACCAAGACUGCAACAAGUGCCAUUGUAUAAAUGGAAACAUAAUUUGCACGAUCAUGGAUGGAUGUGAGGUGACUCCGGGAGUGUGCCGAUUCAACGGUAACACAUUCCAUGUCGGCGAAAGAAUCGGGCAUCCGGACGACUGCAUCACAUGCAAAUGUGAAGAGGACGGCAAUUUGCUCUGCACCUUGAGCUGUGACCUGUGA